AUGGCCUCUGCAGACGCCUUGCAGCUACUGCGAUCCUCAAUUUCGGCCGCGAAACAACCUGUCCUCACACGGUCUGCAGACAUUACUACCGCCCUUGACCAGCAGACCAGCAACUUUGAGGAUGCCACGCACCUCUACUUCACUCAUCCUACCGCUCAGUGCCUUCCACUCGACCAGAAAACGAGAUUCGUCUCCACCAAUCCUGACAUCGUUCCCGUUGACCUGAGAAGUAUCUUCUUCGCCUGGCUCCAAAAAGAUGUCGCUGUCCCAGAGUACAUCGCCCGCGCCGCGGAGCUUAACAAGCUGUUGCCCGAGGGCCAGAAAGUCCGCAACCUGAUCUUCGUCGAGAGGCUAGAUCUGCUUACCUGGCUGGAGGGAGCCUCGGAUGAGUCCGAGUACAUCAAGGCCGUUGAGGGAGUCGAUGCCUCUGCAUUGGGUGACGCUGCAAGCAGGGCUGCUGAUGUUGCUGGCGGCGCUGCUGUGCCUACAGUUGGUGGAGCAGGGGUUGGGGUGACCCAGUUGAUUGGAGGGCGACCGAUCAAGACAAUCGACGCCAGGCUACAGGCCAUUUACAAUGGCGAGAGGAGGCUCGGUAACCACAACACUGCAUUGAGAGGGAUUAAGCCCACGGACUUUUCUGGAGUUCGAAAACAUGCAGAAACGUUCCUUGGUCGUCGCAAAGGUAUGCCAGCGGCCGGCGGUCGACCAGGCCAGGCGGCCAAGACAUCCCAACUUGCUGCUCGUCCUGCGGCUGGAAUGACCAAGCAACCGUCUUCGGCUGUGUCUUCUAAACGCUCGGAUCCCAUCAUCCUUCUAUCACCAUCGGCCUCAUCACUCCUACGCAUGUCAAAUAUCAAAACGUUCCUCGACACCGGGCUUUACGUUCCUCCAGACCAUCCCACUCUCUCAACACAGACGACAGCCAAUUUACUCCACAUUACACGGACACUCCACUCAUUGAGCGAGAAGCCUUUCCGGUUCAUUCUUGUUGACUCUCCUGAUCAGUUCAAACCGGAUUACUGGUCACGAGUGGUGGCCGUUUUCACGACCGGACAGAGUUGGCAAUUUCGAAGCUAUAAAUGGAGAGAGCCUCAAGAGCUGUUCGGUCACGUUCUAGGGAUUUAUGUGGGAGAGAAGGGACCACCGAUCCCGGCAGAAGUCAAAGGCUGGGGCAGCAGUGUCAAGACGUAUGCCGUAGAAAGAUGGGACGAAAGAGCUCAUGGUGCCAAUGUUGAGCCGGAUACAAGGACCGGCAGACGGUGGAGGGACAGAGAGACGGUGGAAGAGGUGUGGAGAGCUAUUGAAGCACACAUGAGAGGGAGGGGAGAGUGGAAACGCUGA